GUACGUAAAAUUUUUGUUAAAAAAAAUAAAUAAUUAAUCACAGUAAAAAAGUGUUAAAUAAAAGAAAUAAAUCUUAAUUUCUUAUCUUAAAAUUGUAAAAAAUGUAAUAAAAGAGUUUGAAUUAAUUAAACUUGAAUCCAAAAACCUAAUAAAAAGACUUUAAAAAAAAGUAAUUUUCCAAUCUUCGAAGAAUUGCGUUUUGUAAUUCGAAGUAAAUGGAAAGUAGAAAAAAAUUAAAACCAAUAUAAUUUUUAUUUUUAUCAACAAAAGUGCAUAGAAAGAAUUCAUUCAAAGAAAGAAAAACAAUUUGCAUAGAAAGAAAAUAAUUUAAUCAUGAUGGAUUCACAAAGUUCAGCUUCGGGCGGCGAUAAGACAAUUUUAGAAGGCAUUUUAACAAAUUUGUUCGAUUGUCUAUCCGAUAAAGAUGAAACCGUUCGCUUAGCUGUACAAAAUUCUUUGGUUAAAGUAUAUGAAAAGAAUCCAGACAAAUGUACUGUGAUCUUGGCAGACUAUAGAUCUGCACAUCCAAAAUUAAGUGAUCAAUCUAUAACAAUUCUACUGCGAGUUCUUGAAUCCGUUGUAAGUUCAAAUGUAUCUAUAAAAGCCGAAACAUAUCAAAAGAUAGUUUCAUUCGCCAUUGAUGAAUUAACUAAAUCAAAUGAAAAUGUACCAACAAUACAAACACAUGCCUUGGCGAUUCUUGUCGCUAUUGGUAGACAAGACUGCAAAAUGGUCAUGACAGCCUUAAUAGGUCACGCAAAAGAAGGUACUGUUUUGCAUUUUAUGGUUAUGCAAUGCAUGGGCACUUUAGCUACAGCAAAUGUCUCUGGCACCCUACCAUUUAUCAAACAAAUUCUAUCAUCCAUUUUACCAAAUAUGGGUGGCAUUAAACAGGAUCAUGUCAAGCAAGCACAUGCUUUUGCAAUUGGUCGAUUUAGUGAAGCUCUUCUCGAGCAAUCUUCUGAUGAUAAAACCGAUUCUGAAUCAGAAGUCGAAUCACCUGAUAUUCUCUGCUCAACUGAAAUCUCUGUAGCCUACGAUGUUCUCUUCAAUCAAUGGCUACAAUCUCGAGAGCCAAAAGUUUGUGUUGAAAUACUUCAAGCUCUAUCCAGCAUGUAUCCACUCUUACCAAACGAGAAAAUCCAAGAUCAAUCACAACGCUUAAUUCCCAGUAUUCUUAAUCUCUAUCGCAGAUCUAUUGAAAGAAACUCUGUAACACAAUUUCUCUCAUCUGUUCUACGCACCACGAUUAAAAUCCAACCGAAUAUCCUCGACCCUAUUGCGGAUUCUUUGGUAACGAGUCUUUUUGACUUGGUUUGUGUAUAUCCUGAUUAUGAAAAACCACAAACAGUCAAGGGUCAUUAUGAAGUACUUCGUUGCCUCCAUCUUUUGUCAAAUGUCUAUGCAGCCAAAAUAAUGGAUAUGCUAUUGGCUCAUUUAAGAAACAAUAGUGAACGUGAACGAAUCAAAUCUCUUCUCAUUCUCACACACUUGACAAAUGCUUCACCGGAAAAUGUUGAAAGUAAAAUUCCUGGCUUCAUGGAAGUCUUGAAACAUAUGAUUUUGUCAGAAAAGGCAAUCAAAAUGAAGAUGACUCUUCUUAAAGCGAUUGUUGCUCUUGCCCAGAAGUCUAUGAUUAAAGAAAAGGAAUUCGUUUGGUAUAUUGUUCGGCAUUCUUGCAGAUAUACCAAAAUAAACACUGAACAUGGAAGCGCAGAGGAACAUCAGGAUUUCGUACAAUCAUGUGAGAAUUCUCUAUUCAUGUUGUCCUCGACUGUAGGCACAAUGGAUGAGCUUCUAAAGCGAGAGCUCCUAAACUACUAUGUCCUCUUGGACUUCUCGGAUAUUUGUUCAAACAUCACAAAGUGUAUGGCUAGUUUAUUUGCUAAAAAUCCAAACAUUGAAUUCGAAGUUAACGAUGAACCGGAUGACGAAGCGGGUGGAAAUACAAAAUCAAAAAUUACAGUUCCCAGUCCAGAGACUGUAUUUGCAAGAAGUAUUGCACUGCUGGGAAAUUACGCCAAUAUCAAGCGUAUUUCAAAUGUUCUCUCGUUCCUUAAGUUUUAUUAUCCACAUCUUAAUCCGGAAUUGGCAAGUCUUUGGGAUAAGAAAAUUCCUGAACUCCUUUUGUACAUUGGAGUUGAGAAAACUUUCUACAUUUUUUUGACAGGAUUUAUUAAUGACACUGUAGAGUUUCUACAGCGAAAUGAUGAGAAUUUCGCCGAACGCUUGGUAAACAAAAUGUCGGAUCAGAUGCUUAAUUAUCCUAUCCAAGUUCCAGUUCAUGACUUUUUUAUACCCUCGUUGAGUGAGGAACGUGGAAUGGUAUUAAAAGCAAUCGGUUUGACUCUAUGUCACAUUACAGAGCAACAAACAGUUUUGGCCAAGAUUGAUAUGAUAAUUGGAUGUGGAAAACAAGAGAAGCUUGACAAACAUGUCACACAUGCUGAUUAUGAAAAGAAAAUAUCAAGUGCUGCACGAGCUUUGGGUUAUGUUUCCAAAGUACAUUCAACAUUGGUCAUUAAAAAACUAUCAGAAUUAGCAAAUUUGGGUGCUCGUAAGCAUUCAACAGGUUUCUUUAGCAAUUUACAUUUCAUGAAGGACACUCAUAAGGAGAUUGAUAUGUACAAAACGAACCUACUCCUAGUUAAAUCUUAUGGUCAUAUGAUGGAAGAUGAUGAAGAAGGAAAGACACAAAUUGAUGAUACUAUCUUAUCGUUCCUAAUUCAACAGAUAACCGAAACCAAAGAUCACACCAUGAUGAAGGUAACACUGAGAACUCUGCUGUCAAUUUGCAAUCAGAUUCUAAGAUUCAAAGAAGUCUAUACAAAUCCGUUGAAAUUUCGUAAGCCUAUGAUGGACGCUGUAUUUAGUAUACAAAUUGAGGCUCCUUUUGAUGAGCUACCAUUGUUACCUACAAUUCUUAAACUUGGAACAAGUUUUGUUCGUAUUGACACUGACAAUGGUGGUGAAUUUGAUGGGGGUAUAAUUUUUGAAAUCGCCUGUAAGAAUUUCUUCACCUGUGCACGGUUUUUACGAACUAAAUUCGAAUCCACUGAAGAAGAUAAUAAAAAUAGCUUCUUAGCAAAGCAUUUAAAUGAAUCUCUACCUGAAUUGAAUUCUCUUGUUAAGGUUAUUAUUGAAAAUGAUCCAUCGCCAGCUACUCUAGAUUUGAUAAUAUCAAUUCUAGAAUGUUGGACAAGAGAUCCAAAUAGUGAAGUUCGAAUUUGUGCCAGUCAUGUUUUGAAUAAUUCACUAGAAGUUUAUAUAAAAUCGAUGAGACUAGGCUGCGAGGCUCCAUCCAAGUUCAAUCAAACUGGGUCAAUGUUGGGAAAGAUUGUACCUAGAUGUAUUGAUUCGAAUGCGACUGUUCGGCAGGUUUCGGUGGAGAUUUUACAAAAGACCCUGGAGAUAUCGUGUAUUUAUGAGACAUUGACAAUAGCUGAUAGUAGUGUUGAUUGGGUAAAGGAGAUUGAAAUGGUCAAAGAGAAUAUUAUAACAGAUGACCCGAAGAAGAUCUAUCAUUUGGCUGGUAAUAUUGCUAAAAUUAUCGCCUUAAGAAUGUCCAAUUUUCAGUACUUACAAUUUUGCAAAACUCUUCUCAACUGUUUGAAGGAUCCAGAGCAGAGCUCAGCUAUAGGUGCGUCUGUGGUUUUGAAGUUUUUCAUACAGCAAAAAGGUUCCGAGUUGUUUCAUGCAAUUCCAGAUCUUGUCAAAGAUUGCUUAACGGCUAUCAGUGAUUGUGAUAUCUCCAGAGCUAAGUCUGGUGCAAUAAAGGCUAUUGCUGCAUUAACCAAACAUCAUCCAAAAUUAGUGUGCUCUGAAAUACUAUCUCAGCAACUGCCUUUUGAAGAAAAUGUUGUUGAAUACUGGCACACGAUAUGUCUCGAUCCAGACCUAACCGGAUUGAUUUUGGAUAAUUUCUUGGGAAUCCUAUCAUCGUCUUGUCUCUAUGAACCUAAUGAAGGCUCAGGAGAUAGACAGAAGAUUGCAAGUGUACCACCAUUUGCUAUAUUCUGUGCAAUGCGUGAAAUGUUUCCGUGUAAGGAAAUUCAUGAGCAAUUAAAACAAAAAUUCCCUGAAAUAUUCACCAUGCUUUUGACUUCUCUGGCAACAUAUACCAACUUAGCCCCGCCAAUGCUAAUGGCAAAAGCAUCCCCAACAUCAGGCAAAGCUCCACCACCACCAUCGGGAAAAAAUAAAUUUGGAUUCAUUCCCAACAAGGAAUCAAUAAAACUAAAUCCAUGUCAAAUAGUAUUGGAAACCUUCCAAGCAUUCCUGAAAAAUUUAGAAAUGGAACAAAUAUCCACCGUUUUGACUGUUUGCAAUAACUUGUCCACCAGCACAGAUUUGAAAAAUUUCAUUGAACUUCUAACACCAAUGGCCAUUGGAGUUUCAAAUCAAUUUUCAAUUGGUUCGAGUUCAAUGAAACAAAUUAUAACAGCACUGAGCAAAUAUGUUUCGAGUCCUUAUGAUGGUCAGCGAAUAGCUUCGAUUGGUUUGUAUUCGAAAUUGGUGCCAUUGAGACCAUGUGGUGAAAUUUCGUCGGUAAUAAUGCUUCAUUUGAGUUCGGCACUGAGUGAUCCAAAUCCAGUUGUAAGGGGUUUGAGUAUACAGGGAUUAGGUUAUGUUGGAUAUUUGACUGAACACGACAUAGAUAAGUAUACGGAGACGGCAAUUACAGCUCUUUUGAAAGGAAUCGAUGAUACAAAUAGUGACUGCCUUAUUAAUAUACCUUUGGAGAGUAAACGUGGACUUUCAAAAAUUCUUCAAAUGCUGCCAAGUGAUCGAGUGGAAUCUUUCCAUGUCUCAUUGGCCAUACGCAUUCGACCAUUCUUUGGGAGUAAUUCAAUUGAAAUUCGUGAAGCGGCUAUAAUUCUUUUUGGAGAUUUGUGUGAAUCAAAGAUGGGCAAUAACGAUGGAAGCAUGACACCAAAUUAUUCAUCGGAAGCCUUGAAGGAACAACUUUUUGCAAACUUUUUCCCACUUAUUUUGCAUUUGAGUGAGAGUGAACCAACAAUUAUAAGGGCCUGCAAAGUAACUUUACGGAAAGUUGGCGCUCUUUUAAAUGCUCCUAAGGUCAACGAGAUGGCGCAAAAGCAUUUAAUAGAUCACGGUCAGCUGAACUACAAUGUCUUUAUUUUGGACUUUGUCAAAGUUAUAGCUGCAGACCUGCCCGAUUCUAUUCAAGAUUUUAUUGAAUCCUGCAUACCAAAAUUGCGUAGUCAAUGGCCUGAAGUACGAGGCAAUGCAGCAAUUAUAAUUGGAAUUCUUCACAACUAUUUAACUGAAAAGAAUCAACAAACUGAAUCUGUAGGCAAUAAAAUUGCCGUCCUACUGAAGGAUGAAAAUCACACAGUGCGUUAUAAAGCAGCAACAGCCUUGGGAUAUUUUUAUGGAGAAAUUUAAUACAUUUUUUUUUUUUGUUUAUAAAAAACUUAAGACAAACUAUAAUAACCCUAGAUGUGAUGUUAAGUAUUUACACCCAUUAAAAUAUUUAUAAUUUAGCCUCGAAAUUGAUAAUGGUAUAAAGCGAUAAAAGCAAAUUUAUAUAAACAUGCCUAUAAUCUAUUAUGUUUGUUGACCAAAAAAAAAAAGAAAA